AUGACUCAAGCUGAAAGUAAAUCUUGUUUUUUAGGAAUGAUAGAUGCCAGUGUUAGGUUUGGAUUGUUAAAUAAUGGAAUGCCAAAAACAUAUUUAACAACUAACUACAAUUUUGGCAGAAUAUGGGAUUCGUUACGUGCACAUUAUCAACAAUAUGGACUAGCUCCAAAAAUACAUAAAUUAAGCAAACAUGUUAGUAAUUUUGCAAUUCUGUUUACUACAGUUUUACAUAUGUUAAAAUUCAUUAAAAACUAUGCAAAUCAACAUGGGCGAAGCCUUCGAGAUAAUACGAGAGAGAUAAUCUAUCUACCUGCAUGUGAAAGUAAACAUUCCUUAUUUAGGCUUUAUGAAAAUAUUGAAGAUAGUGAAGAUUAUAAAAUUAGCCUUUCGAAUAUGCGAUUUGGGGCAAAAUAUUGGCAUAAAGAUGAAGUUGAACAAAAAAUACAAGAGUGGAAUGAUCAUUAUAACUGGGCACAACUUGAGUCGUGUAUUAUAAAAUCGAAGUCAGCUUUAAAAAGCUUAACUAGUUUUUCUCACCCUGGUAAACCAAACUCGCUUGAUAUUGAGACCCAUGUUUCAUAG